CAGUUACAGAAUGUUUUAGGGGUGAGGACAGAUAGUAAGGUAGUGUUACUGCCUAGACUCUUGCCUACCUCUUUGGAGGGCUAAGCCAGUGCUGUUUGCUACCAAACACCUUUUUCCUAUUAACUAAGCAUCCCGCCCAUCUGGGCAGGAAUAGGCUUAGGGCCUGACAAGCAGGGAGCCAAGCUCCUACUGCCAACAACCAAAAAUUCCACAUUUCUAUGGGAUGGAAAGAGCCCCUGAGAAGCCAGAGCCAGCCCCUCCCUGUUGAGAGCUGAAGACUGACACGCAAAGCAGGGAACGGCUGGAGCAGCCUGUGGUGGAAAGUUGGAGUCCUGGUGUGUCGUAGGCAGAUGGAGGAGCAGAGAGCAGCUGGGGAGAUUAAGACUCAGAGGACGUGGUGGACCAUGGCUGGGACGAUGCAGUUCCUGGCUUGGUUAAUGAUAGCCAUUUGCCUCCUCCCUGGGGUGACCACAACCCAGCACCGUGCAGGGCAUCCCAUGGACAGCACCAGCGUGGGAGGUGCCCUGCAGGAGCCAGAGGCCCCGGAAGUGAUGUUUGAGCUGCUCUGGGCUGGGCUGGAGCUGGAUAUCAUGGGGAAGCUGUACAUCCAGGACGAGGAACUGGCAUCCACACGUCCAGGCCGCCGGCUCAGGCGCCUCCUGCAGCACCACGUGCCCAGUGACUUGGAGGGUGCUGAGCAGCGGCUGCAGCAGUUCCAGGACCUGCGGAAGGGACCGCCUCUUAGCCCUUGGGACUUUGAACAUUUGCUCCUCACAGGCCUGUCCUGUGUCUACCGGCUCCAUGUGGCUAGUGAGACUGAGGAGAGGGCUCGCUGGGCCCAAGUCUUCGCCCUCCUGGCACAGGAAACACUCUGGGACUUGUGCAAGGGCUUCUGUCCCCAGGGCCAUCCCCCUUCUCUGGGGCCCUGGGCUUCUCCUUGACCCCUUCCCCUAACCCUCCCUUUUCACCUAUCAUUCCCCCUCUCCCAACUCCUCACCUGAGCCAGACCCAUCUUGGGCAGAGGCUUUUCUCUGGUGCCUGGUUCUUCCUACUGUGUUUAGGCUUCUGGGCUUGGCUUGUACCCUGGGCACCCCAGCUUAGCCCUCUCCCUUCUUCCCUGGGGCCAGGCAGCAGGCACAGACCUGAGGGCAGGACUUGCAGGCAGUGACUGUGUGUAUUAGAAUCAGGGGUAAGAAGUGUGUUUAAGAGAUACUGAAAGGGAAACUGCUCCCAAAUAAGGCCACGGCAGACCCUUCAAAUCCUACCCUGGUGGUCCAGGAGAGGUCCUGCAGAAUCUACAGCAAACCUGUAAAAAAGUGCUUUGCACCCAGCCCUAAUUUAGAUACCUCUUUUAAACCUAACCAAGGCUCUGGGGUCCCUGAGUCUCUAAGUUCCCCAUGUGGGCAAAGAGAACAGACUGGACACUAUUAGUUCAGUCUGCUGGAAGAAUGGAGGGAAGCCAGUAGAAGAAGAUUACUUUUUUGGGGGGGGCGGGGGAAUGAGAAAUGGUUUUUUGGUCCAUUUCAACAAGGCUCAGAAGAGGAAGUUGAGGCUGGGAGGGGACUGAGGCUGGCGGGUGUAGUCCUGAUCCUGUGUAGCUCUUCCCAUAAAAUGUUUUGUUCUGGC